AUGGGAAAGUUUUCGGAAUCUGAGACAAACAAGAAAGAGACUCAUGUGGAGUCAUCGGGCAACAAGAAAAGGAAGUCUUCAAACCUAAAGGUAGGCACCCAAGUUGGCUAUGGAAGCUCAAAAGCAAACAAAAGAAGGGAAGUGAACCCGCCCCGUGGCAGGAAUGCUUAUGGAGCCACUAAUAAGACCGGCGGUAAGGUAUACUUGGGGAAGAAGCCGAGAUGCGAGGAAUGCAAUUUUUACCAUGAAGGUCAAUGCCUGAGACCUAAGUGCGGGAAGUGUGGGAAAGAGGGUCACAGCAAGGAUGCCUGUUGGGCGAAGGAUCCAGACGAAAGAGAUAAUGGUAGAGUACCAGGUUGCUACAGAUGUGGUGAAGAAGGGCACUUUAGGAAAGAUUGCCCUAGGAAGAACCAAGCGAGGAAGGGUCUCCGCUAUCGGAGCCCGUGA